UAACCGGGUUCGCAUUUAGUAUAAAUACAUAUGUCAGCACUGUUGUGUCGAAACCCGAAAGCAGUCACAGUGGUGUCAAAUCUCUCAUGCCACUGUUUAGGAGCUUGCUUCAAACCAUACAGAGAUUUAAUAAGUCUACACACUUUGUUCUCUUGUCCAGGCAUCACAAACCCUUCUGGUUGCUCCAAAUAAAUCUCCUCAUUUAGAUACCCAUUUAGAAAUGCUGUCUUUACAUCCAUUUGAUGAAUGUACAGCCCUUUACAGGAGAAACGGGAUAACCAAGAUGCGAAUCUACGGUCCGAAUCAAGCUACGCUUCGAGCUCUCGGUGGAACCAAUAUCGAACUCAUCCUCGAUGUUCCAAAUGAUUCUCUCCAAUCCCUCACAGAUCCUAAUGCCGCAACCAGCUGGGUUCGAAACAACAUCUUAAACUACCCCAAUGUUAGAUUCCGAUACAUCGCUGUCGGUAACGAAGUCGACCCAAACAACGGUAACAGUCGGUAUGUCAAUUUCGUACUUCCAGCAAUGAAAAAUGUUCAAAGAGCUAUUAGAGAUGCAGGGCUAGCUAACCAAAUCAAAGUCUCGACCGCGACCUACACCGGUCUUUUAUCCGUCUCGUAUCCACCGAGGGAUGGUGCAUUUGGUAGCAAUGUGCAAGGGUUUAUCGCGCCGAUAAUAAGAUUCUUAGUCGAAAACAAUUCACCGAUGCUGGCUAACAUAUACCCUUACUUCGCUUACGCGGGCAACUCGAAUGUGGAUCUUUCGUAUGCAUUGUUUACAGCACCAGGAACGGUUGUGAAUGAUAACGGUCGACAAUAUUCCAAUCUUUUUGAUGCCAUGUAUGAUGCUCAUUAUGCGGCUCAGUCACGUCUUGGUGGUGCCAAUCUGGAGAUUGUUGUGUCCGAGACUGGGUGGCCGUCGGCGGGUAACAAGGGAGCGACAACGGACAAUGCCAGAACCUACUAUAGGAAUUUGAUUGAUCAUAUGAAACGGGCGACUGGGACGCCUGCGAGGCCUGGAAGAGAUAUCGACGCGUAUCUGUUUGCGAUGUUUGAUGAAAAUCGAAAAGAUGGACGAGAGUCGGAGAGACAUUUUGGGCUCUUUUAUCCGAAUCAACAAUCCAAGUAUCAGCUAAGCUUUAACUAGAAAAAUACAUCGAUGUAUGGUUUCAAAUCACAUGAAUAAUAAUAAAUAACAGAAUAAAG